AUGCCGAACACCACGAGAGGCGCAUCCAAAACGACCACGACAACGGGGAUCGGGGGCAGUAAAAGCACCGAGGAUGCUAGCAUGCGUCAAGCUAAGGCUAAUGCUAACCAAAGGCCUCCAUCUUCUCCUCCACGCUCUGGGAUGGAGGAGGCGCCCGCUGCGGAUUCUCCCAGUGUACCUGGUGAGGUGGCACGGGAGCUGGCUAAGCUCUAUGCGCUUAUAUUGGAGAAGUCUGACAGCCAUGAUAAGAAACUGGAGGAGAUUCGCAUCACAACGUGUGCCACGGAGAGUAAGCUAGUCGACAUUGCUAGCCGCAUUAGCAACGUGGAAGGUCGCCUGGGGUUUCUGGAGGACGCACAGGAAAGGCUGGAGGCCAAUCCACCGGCUACUAGCAAAGAGGUUGAAGUGCUCAGGGAGAAGCUGGAUGAUGUGGAAAAUCGUGAACGUAGAUGUAACCUACGCUUCGUUGGCUUCCCCGAGUCGUGUGAGAAUAAUGAUGCUGUCGCUUUCCUGGAGGGAAUAAUUCCGACGCUGUUUGACAUUGACUUCGCCAAAGGAUUGGAGAUUGACAGAGCACAUAGACUUGGAGCCAUGCCUAGACGCCAGGAUGGUGACCAGUCCACCCGCCCCAGAGCCAUAAUAGCGAGAUUUCUGAGAUUUCAGGAUCGCGAGUGCAUCGCUGAAGCUGCACGGAAGAAGGGGAAUGUCAUUUGGGGAGGACGACGCAUUAUGGUCUUCCCGGAUUACUCCAGGAUGCUGAACGAAAAACGGGCUAAGUUUAAGGACUGUAAGAAACUUUUACACGAUAAGAACAUUCGUUUUUCACUCAACUACCCAGCUGUGCUUGUGGUGAAGACUGCGCAGGGACCCAUGCGUUUUGAAGACCACAAGAGAGCCAUGUCGUUUAUCCACUCGCUGAACUGA